UAUGGCGGUGCUUAGAUAGGAGUGGGAAAGUGCUUGUUCGUUCGAAGCUAUGAAGCGUCUGAAACAGUUAUCUGUGAAAACUAAGGUUUUCGACAGAAAUAGGGCAUUCACUACCGGUACUGCUCUGACAGUCGAACGAUCCCAAAAGGCUUCGACAAAUGCUACAAGUGUAGUCGAAGGUGAGGCAAGUGCUCUCAAAGAAGAUUCUGCCGCGGAUUCUGGUAUCUAUAGUGUUGAUACAGAUUCAACUGAUGAUUCGGCUAAUACGAAGAGAAACAUAAACAAUUUAUGUAACUGGGAGAAGAUUCGAUCAUGUUUGGUGAAAGCUUGUGUGGAAGAGUGUAGUAUGAAAAGUGGCCAGGUUUGUAUUCUCUGCCACACGCAGGCUGCGGUGGUUCGCUGUGAGUACUGUGGGCCAAGGCAAUACUUCUGCCCGUCUUGUGCAUAUUCAUUGCACGAAGAUAGGAACCAAUUUCAUGUAAUGGAAAAGUGGACGGGUAACAAAUUUCUGCCUCUCUUUCCCAAUCAUGGUGUGGUAGAUAAUGGACAUCAGUGUGAUUCAAGAAUUCUAAAGUUGUUCAAAUUGGUUGAUGAGUUUGGCAAUCAACAUUUGAAACAAGUUGCUGUGUGCAACUGUGAGAGUCAUGCUGAAACCUUGAUCCGUGCCUAAUUUUGGCCUGGAACUCCUGAAAAAACAAGUGUUGGGUUUCAUUUUAAACUGAUGGAUCUGGCCGUUGUUUUGUUUUUGCAUAAUCAAGUACCAUUGAAGGAUUUUGCAGAGAUGAUGUUAGAGUUUGUUCCAAAAUUACAGCCUAUACUAAUACCCUCUAUAUAUAGAACUCUAAAUGCUGGAUGUUUUGAAGAAUACAGAAAUUUUAAAUACAAAAUGGAUUAUCUUGAUAACUUUGUUCCAAAUUUGUAUAAUGGCGCGGAAUGUCCUGUAUGUCCAAAGGAAAAUGGAGUUUUGAUUGAGUGUGUGGAUGCUUGUUUUGGUUUGGCACGGAAAAAGUAUCGGAACCAGUCAAGUAUUGCUCCACGGCAGGGAACGCUAUUAUUCAGUGACCAAGAUGAUGUUGAUAAUUAUGUUAAUAAUUAUCGGCUGAAAAACGGAAAAGCAAGUAUUCAGCAUUGUAACAGAUUUCACGCCGGAGAGGUCCUGCCUGCACUUCGGAGCAAGGGCAAAAAUGAUCUAUUUGACGAAAAAGGUGUAUUUGGAAGAGUAUGCAGACACGAUUUUCCGAAAGGCUUUUUAAAUAUUAAGCAUGGAGAGAGAAUAUCCUAUUCAGUUUACGAAUUGGAGAGCCUAAAAAGUCAAAUGCAAUCAUCGAAGAAUUUGAAAGUUGUGUUGAUGUACGAUAUUGCUUGCAUUUUGUCAAACCACCUUACUAGUUCAAAUCGAGAAGAUUUACUGCAGGAUGUGACUCUGUGCAUUCCCAUGUUUCACUGUUAUGGUCACAAAGCAGUUUGCCAGAUGAAAUAUAGCCCACGACGAACCCAAAACGUCGGCUUGACAGAUGGGGAGGGUGUUGAAAAGUUGUGGUCAUUUAUGCGUCAGUUUUCUAAAAUGACCAAGGAAAUGUCAAUAGAUAAAAGGACGGAUGUGUUGACGGAUGCCGCUCUGCACUAUAGAGAACACCUGUUUAAGCGUUUCGGUACCUCCUUGAAAUGCAGGCAUGGACGGGCUGCUUCUCUUGGUGUGAUGGUGAACAAUGAGUUAGAAGAUUUGUUGUCAAAAUUACCAAACGUGAAUAAGGAAAGUGUGCGACAAUGGAUCGAAAAUGAGCUUACAGAAAUAACACCUGGCCAGGAAGUAGUUGAUAUGGAAUGGGAUGAAUCAUAUGUGGAGUUACAAAGGGAGAGGAAAAGACUGCGAAACGAGUUGUGUUACGCCACCGAAGAAGAGCCGGAUCGUGUUGCGGGUAUUGAGGGCAAAAUGAACAGAAAUCAAAAAGCAAUAGCCACUUUAGAAAAAGCAUAUGCAGUCAAAGAAACAUGGGGUAAAACUGAUCCGCAAUAUGAAAAUGCAGAGAGAAGGCUUGUUGAAAAGAAAAAGCAUCGAUUAUUGUUAUCUCUUCAUCGCAUGGCAUCCGAGAGGAUUUUUCUCUUGGAACUCAAAUCGAAGUAUGCUGAGGGGCAGGCAAUCGCUAUUAAGCUUUCCAAUCAAAUUGGAAAAGUUGUCAACGAAAUGAAGAGGAACCUUGCAAGCUGCAAUGACUUGUGUAAAAACGAAUACGGCUUUGAUGAAAAAAAAAAUCCCCAAUCCGAAAUUUAUACCAAUACACUUCAAUCACAGGACUCGGUAAUACCGACCAAGAUCAAGCAUCGGUUAGUGGAACUGACGUAUUUACAGGAUAGAUGCGAGGAAGAGUUGUCGAUGGUAAAAGAAGAAAUGUUAACUUUGGUGAAUUUCGUCCGGCAUCAAAUUAUUGAAAUUGACCAAUAUAUCUUGGCAAAUAAUGCAAGCGAUGGUGAUCUUUAUCAAAAAGGAUUGAAAUGCCUUCUAUUUCAAAAACAGACUGUCCAUACGAAAUAUCUACAGAGCUUGUAUGAUAAUUGGAAAGAUUUAAUUGACAUUCCCGUUUCAAAAACCGCUGAACUACCUUUCCUUUCUACUAACCCUGGGGAUUUUGAGACGUUUUGGAUGCAUGAUUGUGAUUGUUGUGAUGAUGUUAGUUGACACUUGGUAUCUGACAAUCUGUACAGUACAGUGGCGUAGCCAGCCUGACGAUUUUGUCCCGCUAUGUAAAUUUCGAGUUAUUAUAAGUAUUCAUGUCUUUUAUGUCCCAAUAUUAGCAUAGCGGGACAAAUCAACAGGCCGGCUACGCUACUAGUACAGUAUAGUAUACCAGUUCAUAACUCUCGCUAAAAUUGUAUCUCUAUUUUAAGGGACUAAGGGCGAUUUUAUCAAUUUUUAACAAUUUGUAUA